AUGGUGGUUCCAGUUGACCACUCUUAUAGGAACCAUAGCGAGUGCUUUGCACCGCCGAUCACACCAGGGGGUCCCGGCGUUAGAAAGCAGCGAGCUAACAAUGCGCACAUCCAAACCCUAUAUUGGUGUGGUGCGAGAGGCUCUCCGAACAGAAAUCUUACAAACUACACACAGGAGCAGAAGAUGGAAAAGCACAGCAGCAAAUAUCAUCAGGAUAGGAUGAUAGUCACUUUUGGGUACCACUGCCCCAGGAACCACUUUGGUGGCUCGUUGGCAUGA